UUCAGGAAACAGGCAAUUAAUUCUGUAACCAUUCAAGCCUCCCAAGACCAUUUUCCAUGACAAGGGUCAAUGGCGGCUUAUAGAAUAGACACCGUGUUUUUGCUACUUAAAAUUUGUGAUGGUCGAAUCUCUGAUGGUCGAUAUAUUUGGCUGUUGAUUUCAUGGCAUCGUGAGGAAGGCAGGGGUUAAUAUUGAAAUUCAAGAUGCGGCCGCUAGGGGACGAUUUUCAGAUGUCACCCAUCUUGGAAUUAAUGAGUAUACUUUUACGAUAAAGUACAUGUGUACACAAUUUGGUGCUUUUAUAUCAUUUUUUCAGGAUUUUAUCUCUUAUCGCCUGGACUGCUAGAUCCCUUCAGAAAUUAUACGCUCUAAUUGCUUAUAUUUACAACCAUGUACCUAUGGGUAAAGCAAGAGCACGCCAUUCGUAUCUCAUCGCAGUUCAGGAAAAUAGAAAUGCAUUUUUAAACUUGAAGUCAUGCACGUCACGGCUGGCGCGUAAUCGUCCCGAGUACACCACGGAGCAAGUCAAUUAUUGAAUGUACGUAAUGUACUACAUAGCCAAGUAUUUAAGGUAUUUGUGCAUUACUUAUCAUUCUUUCAAUUUGUGAAAAUGACGCCGGUGCAAAAGGAAUGGACGUCCUAGGAAUGCAGGACCCCAUACAAUAGCUGUGUAUUGUCAACGAAUGUGGUUAAUGGUUUGGUUAGGGUUAAAUACAUACCUGCGAUUUAAAUCGCAUGCGACGAUAAUCGCUCGUUUGCGGUGGUCAUCGCGACCUGCAAUCAAUAUCUUACCCAACAAUUACAGGUUUUACCUGCAGACGCGAAGAGUUUUUUGCCGCACAUAGGAGCAAUUAUAAUCGCAGGUCGCCGCGAUUGAAACUGCUCGUUUGCGCGAUAAUUAAAACCUUCGUGACGUAUGCGAUUUAUUCCACCUUGUCGAUUGAAUUCAGUGUUAUUUCAUCAAAGGAAACGAAAUAUGGAGUUUCUUGCUCUUUAUGCCCUCAACCAUUACUCUACAAUCAAAUAAAGUUGAAAUGUUGCAGUUCAGGUACACAACCUUCCUCGUCUUCCUAGCAGAAAAGGCCCUUCUCGCAAGAGAUCAGACGAAGCAUGUGACGUCAUUCUUGGCAUGCGCAAUAAUGUGCAUGCACAUUGAGGAUUGUCAAACAUUUAACCCGAUGUGGGACGGCGAUGCAUACAUGUGCCAAAUAAGUCAAACACGAGUGAGUUGUAUGAAGCAAGAGCGCGGUUACUUUGACUGCGAAAAUAGCAAGAUAUACAAGAAAAAGGAGCGAAAAUCAAUGACUUUUAGAUCAGAGGACGCGUAUUUUAAUCCUCCAAUUCGACUGUUGAAAAUAGGAUCAGAUGAUUUUGAUUCGCUCUGGCAACCUGGGCUAAUAUUCGUGGGUUUACACACUGAUGAUGAUCCACGGUAUACAAUGAUUGUUUAUUCAUAUGAUGAAGAGCACAAUAAAUUUCAUAUCGUUUCCAAUGGAAAGUUUUACAAAAAAAUUAGCGCUCUGUAUUGGUUUUACGCAUCCUGCAUCAUGAUUGAGGCAGUGCACGAUAGAGGGCGCGCUGUGGAAUACUGGCUGUACAACAUAUGGACGAAAGAACUGACGAAAACGUUUUCAUACACAGACCCUUGUUCCUCUUAUAAUGGCUAUGUCGUGAAUGCAAUGAAAUUCGGCGAUGGGGUCUGUAACAUUUGCUGUGCACACAAAUCGCCUCGGACGCGCGCCAGGAAAAACUAUAUCGUCGAUGUUUAUGUGAAAAAUCCUGGUGGAACGGUCAACAUAAUACUAGUUAAUGUCACCGUCAUUCCAUUAACAAGUGUCUGUGGUGGCACAUUUAUACGGGGAGGUGAUAUGAUUGCGGUCGUGCAAACUAGCAGAGGAAAAUCAAACUGCUUUUCGGCUGUUUUAUACAGAAGAAUUGACAAGUAUAACAAACCCAUUUACUAUCCUUUACAAGAGCCAAGAUGGAUAAGUUUAGUUAUUGCCUUAUGGAACCGUUAUGAUGACUUCAUUACUUUCUUAUACUUCGCGGGAAGCCGCCGAGCGAUUAGAGAAGGGAGGCGGGGGUUUCUCAGGGGCGUCCGACUGGUCUGCUCGCAGGGGAAAGGUACGAAAGUAUUUGAACCCUUAAAUAUAAAACUUGUUAGAGGCUCAAUCCAAAGGGAACACAAAAAUGAUUUUUCAAUUACAAGGGAUGGUAGGAUACUCCUAAUUAUCAAGGAUCAAGCUUAUAGCAAAACCUAUCGACCAAAAUCAGUGAGAGUUUACAAGCGUUUAUGAAAUUGUAGGCCUGCAUAUACACUGAAACUUACAAAAACAGGCGGUAACCCCGAUUGCCCAUCAAAAAAUGCCUCGAUCCGCUGCGCUGUACACAGGGCCCAUCUGCGGCCUCGAAAGAGGCCAGGAAUUUCAGCCAUACGCAAUUUAGCCUACUGCGCAGCUUCUGCGCAGACGGAGGCCCCGGUUCUGUUUUGCAUUCACUAUGUUAUGCCGUGCCCGUGCGUGGAGCUGUUUUUUAGGAUAGCUGUUUGGAGUAUGGCCAGACUAUCACAGCGCUAUUUUUAUGAAUGACCAGACGUUCACUAGGUGCACGCCCUAUGCUACUUUCGAAUCGGUCAAUCACUCUGCGUUUGGCGAUUUGUGAUGUUAACAAUGUGGAAAUAAUUCAUGUGAUAAAGUUGUUUCCUUUCGGCUUGGCGAAUGAAACGCCACCAUUCGAGGCCAAUUGCAACGGUUACCUAUUUCGUCGACGACUGCAAGAAUCCGGCAAUGUUAGGUAGUAACCUAUAAGGUUACGCGCUACAAUAAUACCCCCGGUACAGAAAAAAGCAUUUGCGUGCAAUUCUAAAAGACCUUAGUCACAGUAUAUCAUUGUUUCUAAUACAAAAUACAUUACGCCUCGUUUUGAUCGGAGCGGUCUUGGUAUCGUAACCAAUGACCGCCUGGGUAGGUAUAAAAUUCUGAAUUUUAGCAGACGAAUUAUUUUCACCAAGAAGCAACGACUCAGCCCCACAAAACAAUGUCAAGAACACGAGAUUUUGAAGUAUUCCCCGAUAUAUUGGGAUUUGUGAAGUAGGGAGGAUACCCGAGGACUCUUUCGAGGUCGUCAGUCAGGAUUCAGAAGA